AUGGCAUUGGCAUUAAAUGAGAAUGCCCGUAGAGAGCGCACUCGAAUAUUCGACAUAACUCAUGCGUCUGACGCCCUACACUCCAACGACAUUGGCGAACACAGUGGCUGCAAUCUAUCAGUGGAGGAAACGAAAAGAAUUAAAGCAUGGAUAGUCAAAGUCGAAAAGGAAUUGAUCUCCCCCACUUUCAAGCGCCACUUUUUGAUUCUCCAUCCUGCAGAGGUAGACGCCGAUUAUGCUUCGGGCCGUCGAAAUGUCUUGACUAACUACAAACACCCUUUCACUGCGGUAUACACAUUUAACGCCCGUGAACGACUUUUAAGAAUUAUACUGGGACUUGAGAUGGUCUUUGAAGAAGCUUCAAGCAUUAUAGAAAGGGAGAUCAGACAAUGGGCCGACGAAACUCAAUCUCACUCCAUUUUUCUAUCCGCAGAAAUGUCCCUCAACCUCAUGGAUUACCAAUUAUUCAGGCUAAGCUUGUCAGACAUGGUCUGGUUCGGCCUCCAAAGAAGCUCAAGAGAUGCAAAACAACUUAAUUUUGGUGAAAUUGCUCAGAUCAUGUCAAUUCUUUGGGAGAAGCAUCCCAAUCCCUCAAUACAAUAUGGGCCUAUUGAAUGGACUCCAAGUCUUACUCGUCAUUAUCCACUGAAAAAUGAAGGUACCGAAGUUCCGCGCAAGCGCAGGUUUCUUCCAGAACUGGAGUCUCGCAUUAAUGCUUUUCAGGAUAUCAGCGCUGAUGGAAACGAACGAGAGGCUUCCAGAGGCAAAGCGCCUGAUGAAGAGGAAAAUUCCAGCAAACAGCAUGUACCUGAUGAAGGGGAAAAUUCCAGCCAACAGCAUGUAUCCUUACCCAGCCAACCGCAUGGAUCCUCACCCAGCCAACCGCAUGGAUCCUCACCCAGCCAACAGCAUGGAUCCCCGCCCAGCCAACAGCAUGGAUCCUCACCCAGCCAACAGCAUGGAUCCCCGCCAAGCCAACAGCAUGGAUCCUCGCCCAGCCAACAGCAUGAAUCCUCACCCAGCCAACAGCAUGGAUCCUCGCUUGAAAGCCUGCUAAAUUAUUUUGCUUGGGAAGCAGAACAAGAUUUUGACUCGUAUGUCAUGGAUACGACAUCAAGUUCGAGCCAUUGGGAUUCUGGACCUUCUCGAACCGAUGCCCUCCCAAAUUGGUCAGCAGAGCUCGAAAAACUUCUUUUCGACGACUAA